AUGGCGGUGCGCGGUCAACGCUUCCAUAUUACUUUGGACUCAGACGAGGAGUCUGAUGGAGUCAACUCCUCCGCACCAGCGCAGGUACCUGGCUUCAAUUUUGGCCUUGUAGGAGAUAUCAAAGAGCGAACGGCCUCGUCAAAUGCCAAACCCCCAGCACCACCCAGAAACAAGGGUUCCGAGGCCGGUUUCCCAGCACACAAGAUCAGGACUGCUCCCUCGAAGUUCAGGCAGAGGAGAGAGAACCAGGCCAAAGAGGUCAGCCAGCCAAAAAGACAUGCCGGCCCCACCAUCACAUCACCAUACCUCGCACAGCUAGGGAGCAGUAAUGGGAAUGGAUCUACAGCGAGUCGGCAACAAAUAGAUGUGACGGACAGAUCGAAGGAUCCUUCAAUUGACCAAGAGAAUAAGCAGCGGCUCGCGCAGAUGUCCGACGAGGAGAUCGAAGAAACCAGAAAAGAACUCAUGGAAGGACUGAGCUCAUCACUCAUUGAGAGACUGCUCAAAAAGGCGAAUACUGACGAGGGACGAAAUGAUUCAAAGGGUGAAAUGAACCCAAAUCAGAACGAGGCACCUUUACCGUCGAAAAUGUCAUCGAAGGAAGUUACAUUUGAAGAGACAGAAGUAGAAGAUGACCCAAUCCCUACAAUCCAACCAGCGAGACCAUAUCCCCCACUGUCCUCAGAUCCAGACGCUCCACCCCUGCAUCCACCUCCAGACCUACAGCCUGCCUCCCAAACUCAUCUACCACCAGCAGCAGCACCAGAAAUGCAUUUCCCCCAACCACCCAAGCCGCCAGAUCUCGACCCUUCAGAUCCCAACUUCCUCUCCGCCCUCCACUCAAAUUAUUUCCCCUCUCUGCCAUCCGACCCCUCCACCAUGGCCUGGAUGACUCCCAUCGACCCUAAAGUAGAGAGGGGAUCUGUGUACUCUGCAACCCAGGAAUCUUUUACACCGUCCUCUCUCCGCUUCGAUUUUCGCGGCCACCUGCUCCCACCCCGCCUCUCCGCCCAGAUCCCUCCAACAAAAGGUCUCCACCAUCACGCCCAUGCUCCGUCCUCCGCUGGCUAUACAAUUCCUGAGCUCGCACAUCUUGCGCGCAGUGCUUACCCCGCUCAGCGGUGUAUUGCGUACCAGACGCUCGGCCGGGUACUGUAUAGACUCGGCAGAGGCGAUUUUGGGCGGGAAGGGGAGGAUUUGUGUGAGGGGCUUUGGGAGCUGAUGGAUCAGGGGAGGGUCGUUGAGGGGAUGGUGGCGGCGGCUGCAAAGGGCGAGGAGGGAGGAAAUAGGAGCGUUUGGGUCACGGCUACGGAGGCCAGUUGGUUGUGGCGGAAGGGGGGUGGAAGGAAGUGGAAGGGCAGGUGA